AUGAGGCUGGCCUUCGCACUGGUCCUCUGCGCUCUCCUUUAUGUGGAAUGCAGGCAUUUAGGCGAUAAAAGUAAAAAGGGUUUUAACAAACUGCUGCUCAUUUCUUUCGAUGGCUUCAGGUGGGAUUACGAUCAGGACGUGGACACCCCUAAUUUUGACCAGUUGGUCGUGGACGGGGUGAAGGCAAAGUACAUCAGCCCACCGAUGAUCACUAUGACGUCCCCAUCACACUUCACCACCAUCACAGGAAGAUGGAUUGAGGACCAUGGGGUGGUCCAUAACAUGCUGUUCAACUCCACGACGCUGUUGAAGAUCACUCACAAAAAGACCAUGAAGCGAUCAGAGUGGUGGGACAACGGAGCCCUACCCCUCUGGAUCACGGCACAGAAUCAGGGGCUGAAGACGGCAUCGUUUUACUAUCCUGGAGGGGGCGUGAACUACAGUGGGCAAGCGGUGAACCGAGCUCUGACCGAGUCUUACGGUAUGCCUGAUGACAACGAGACAGAGUGGCAACAGAAUAUUGACAAGGUCAUGGACUGGUACACCAAGGAGGACUUUGAUUUUGUGACUCUGUAUUUUGGUGAACCUGAUAACGUGGGCCACAACAAGGGUCCCGAGACUCCCGAACGAAAGAAGAUUAUCGAGAUGAUUGAUCGCAUACUCAAGUACCUCAGAGAUGCCAUCGUGCGGAAUAAACUAACAGACAGUCUCAAUGUUAUCAUCACAUCUGACCACGGCAUGACCACCAUCCAAAAGAACAAGUUCCAUGGCGUUGAAGAGAUUGUUUUAUCCAACUACAUUAAUUUCCUGAAGUCAGUGCAUUUCGAGCUGCUUGAUUAUGGCGGUUUCGCGAUGAUCAGACCCAGGGAAGGCCAGAAGGAAAUACUCUACAACCAGCUGAAGGAUGCUCAUCCGAAUCUGACUGUGUACAGGAAAGAAGACGUUCCUGAAAACUUCCACAUAGCCAAAAAUAGCCGGAUCCAAGAUCUCAUUCUUGUGGGAGACUUGGGUUACAACUUGAAUUCAAGAGCCGUCAUUUAUGUGAAUAAAGGAGACCACGGGUUCCACAAUGACGAGAUGGACAUGAAGAUGAUCUUCCGUGCGUUUGGGCCAGAUUUCAAGAAAGGCUACCUGGCCGAACCGUUCGACAGCGUCAACAUCUAUGCCCUCAUGUGCAAGUUAAUGGGAGUGGUGCCCGCCCCACACAACGGCUCUCUGGCUCACACCGAGGGGAUGCUCGUGGACAACUUUGAUGACCUACACCCAGUACCAACACCAGUACCACCACCAGUACCAACAACAGCACCAGGUGGACAUGGUGAAAGGAAUCAGAUGUCAUUUCUGCUACUAGCUGUGUUGAUGUUUAUAGCAUCCUGUUUCACAUAAAGUGGACAAGAGGCAGGUGUGGUGUAAUAGUUAAGGAGUUGAACUUUAGAUCAUGGGGUUGUCGGUUCAAUCCCCAUCCAUAUCAAUUCCUUCUUCACUCUAUGGCUCAAGUGACCUUGGUCAAGGCACCUUACCCCAGACUGCUCCAGGGACUGUAACCAAUACCCUGUAAUAUCUGUAAAUUGCUUUGGAUAAAAGUGUCAGUUAAGUGUAAUGUAAUGUAAUUAAAAAAAGAAAGUGAAAUGCUCAGAACAAGCUGAGCCUUCUGUGAUGGGCAACAAGGACCUUUAUUUUUAAUGUAUUUUAUCAUCUCUGCUUGCCACACAAUAUGUAAUGUCUAAUGUAAAUAUCUAAAUGUAAGUAUUUGUUCAAAUGCAAUAUUAAGUUUGGGAGAGAAUUAGUGUGUGAAAUCACUGUUUUGCCUUGAAUGUAUUAAUUG